GACGGCUGUGGAUCACAUGCCAGAUUUGUGGACCCUCCGGGAAACUACUCCUGUGAAUGCCUAACAGGAUUUGAGUCGAAAAAAUGGCCAAGUGGCUUCAAUAAUAAAAGUGACAAUGAUUGCACAGACAUUGAUGAGUGCCAGCAAAAUGCCUCCAUCUGUGGACCUAAUGGACAUUGCAUCAACAUCAAAGGAGAUUACCACUGUAAAUGCAAGCCAGGAUUUGUGAAGAGCCAAAAAAAUGAUAGAAAGAUAUGCAGAGAUAUUAAUGAAUGUAUCCCAGAAAACCCUUGUGAUAAAAAUGCCAAUUGUACCAACUUCCCAGGGGGAUAUACGUGUGAAUGUCGGAAGGGGUAUUUCCAAUAUCAGAAAGACAUCCUGGAUGGAAAGGAGAUAAUCAAGUGCAAAGAAGACAGCUGUCCAGUCACUUCAGAGGACAACUGUUCCAACACACAGACGUCCCUUUGCAACUUUGAAAAGCAUCUGGGAGAUCUCUGCCAGUCGUCCCUGAGUGCCAAGAAGUUAAAGGAUCCAAAUGUGCUUUUGAUGGCUCUCUUAACUCUGCUGGAUGAAGCAAUUAAAGAACUAGAGGCUGAGAGCCCGGUGCAAAGGCACCGCAUAGCUACCAAGAUGAUGGAAUCGGUGGAAGGCUUCUUGAGAGUCUGGGCAUUUUCCCAACGCAGGGCAUUCCGUACUGAGCACAACAAAGGCACGGAGCUGACCAUGGAGAUUAGGACACCUAGGAAUUGGAGCCAAAGCCCAGCCCAGCUGUCACACAGUCAGACGCAGAUGAAGCUAAAUUGGGAAGCAGCAAGCAAAGAAGGGGAAGGCUUAAGCCUCAUAGGCCUGAUCACCUACCGUGGCUUCGAGUCCAUCCUCACUGAGGCUGAUGUGGAAGGGGAAGUGUGGGAGCAGGUUGGAAAGUCACCCCCGUGGGCGCAAGUGGCAGGCAAGCCCACCUACAAAGUGUUGUCCAGGGUGGCCGCAGCUUUUGUGGGCCACAGCGAGACCAGCUCUUUGAGUGCUCCUGUCACGGUCACCUUCAGCCACCAGAAUGCAGACUCAAAACCUGAUGUGAAGGUGAUUUGUGCCUUCUGGCAGCCUGUCAAUGGCAGCGGACGCUGGUCUGAGAGAGGUUGCACACGUCUGAACACCAGCACAGCCACCACCACGCACUGCCAGUGUGACCACUUGACCAGCUUUGCGGUGCUCAUGGCCUUCUAUGAUGUGGAGGACUGGAACUUGACCAUCAUCACCAAAAUUGGGCUGGUCGUGUCUCUGGUCUGCUUGUUCCUUUCCAUCCUCACCUUCCUGUUCUGCCGCGCCAUCCGGGGCAUCCGCACCACCCUCCACCUCCACCUGUGCCUGGCCCUCUUCGUGGCCCAUGUCAUCUUCCUGCUGGGAGCUGGGAAUCCUAGCAACAAGAUGGUGUGCGCUGUAGUGGCUGGGAUGCUGCACUACUUCUUCCUAUCUGUCUUCUGCUGGAUGCUGUUGGAAGGUGUGGAACUCUACCUCAUGGUGGUCCAAGUCUUCAAAACCCACAGCCUCAAACACUGGCAUCUCUACUUCGUAGGCUAUGGACUGCCGGCCAUCUUGGUGGGCCUCUCAGCUGCCAUAAAUAGCAAGGGCUAUGGCAACAAACACUGCUGGCUUUCAAGAGAAAAUGAGUUCCUGUGGAGCUUCUUAGGACCUGUCUCCCUCAUCAUAAUGGUCAAUGCUGUUGUUUUUGUGGUUACUGUCUGGAAACUUUCGCAGAAGUUUACCGACAUCAAUCCCGACAUGACUAAACUGAAAAAGCAAAGGGUACUCACAAUCACCGCUAUUGCCCAACUCUGUAUUUUGGGCACCACCUGGAUCUUCGGCAUGUUUCAGAUCAGCAACAACACCCUUGUCAUGUCUUACAUCUUCACCAUCCUCAACAGCCUGCAGGGACUGUUUAUCUUCCUUCUCCACUGUCUGCUCAAGAAACAGGUGCGUGACGACUACUACAGGUGGUUCUGUCAGAGUAGGUGUAGCAAGGGUCAAGGCAGUGACAAGUAUUCAGACUUCAGUUCCACAUCUGCUUCCAACACAUUACGGGCACAGAAAUCUUUCAGAGAAUCUGGAAUGUAGCUGGCCUCCAGAGAUGCAACUUUGAGGGAUGCUGCUUUUGCACGUGACCAACAAUGCUUGCAAUUCUGGUAGGCUUUCUCAGAAGCACCUGCUAAAAGCGGGUCUUCACAGCAGCAACAUGGACAACAGAAUGGCCAGAAACCUGCACAGGGAACCUACAUAGCAAGCUCUGAACUGGGCCAGUGUUUUGAGAAGACGUUGACACAAGCCUCUUCAGCAUGGGUCUUCAUCUUUGAUUUUAAGACUAUCCUCUCAUCAAGAGAUGGGAGUUAAGUCUGUACAGAGGUACUUGCACACACGACACUUUUUAAGAGCCCCUGCAGGGGAUACUGGCUGGCCUUUAUAGCUGAGCGUCCUGCCAGAGGUCUAGCUCUUGAUGCAGAAGUAAAAGAUCAUCAGAACCCUGAAGUGAACUUCACCUGGUAGUUGAAGGCCUCCUUUCAAUCAUCUUCAUGCUCUUCAGUGAAAGAACCUUGGCCAGUGUUUUUCAAUUACUUUCCAGCUUAGUUUGGUCACAGAUACAUUGCCAGCUGCAAGGACUGAGAACUGCCCAUUCAAUAUUCUUGCAUUUCCCUUUAAUGUGGCCCUAGAAUAUGAACUGCAGCACAAACAAGCCCAACUGCAGCUUAGAAAAAGUAUUCUGUGCAAAGUUUGCUCUUGAGCCAGAAGAUGAGCCUUAACAGGAGUAAUGGGGAGGGUGUCAGUACAUAGACUAAGGUUGUUCUGGUUGUCAACUCAAUUGUCUGUAGGAUUAACAACAAAAAUGUGAGAUCUGGUAUUCAGUGAAAUACUGAACUUUGAUCUGCACCACUUUAAGCUGUGAGCAGUUUAUAGGGUUUGAAGCCUCAUGCCCAUAAACGUGUACUUACAAUUAGCGGUUCAAAGACCUAUCCAAAUCUCACCUUUGUUGCACUUCUCUGUAUUUCAACUACAGCACCAACCCUUCCUUACCAUCACAUUGCAAAAAUUAAGUUUUCUUCCCUUGCAGAAAUGAGUAGGCAUUUGUAUACUUAUUUUCCUAAUGUAUUUUUGUACAGUAUUUCUUAAUGCAUCAUUUUGUACACUAUUUUUAAAUCUCCCUACCAUACUUUUUGGAACUCCCUUUUUCACAUA